GGGGCGGGGUCGCGUCUGCCGCAGCGACAGGGUGCGGCCUGGUUGGGGGCAAGGGCGCCAGCGCGGGCCCAGCUCCCAGGCAGGCUGUGCGCGAGCGGCCCCUGCUCGGCGGCUCACAGGUCCCCUGCGCGUCCCCGCCCUGCCCCGGACCACGGCCAGGCCGCUGCCCGCGUCCGGGAAGCUCCAGCCUGAGCCAUGUUUUUCACCUGUGGCCCAAACGAGGCCAUGGUGGUCUCCGGUUUCUGCCGGAGCCCCCCAGUCAUGGUGGCUGGAGGACGUGUCUUUGUCCUGCCCUGCAUCCAGCAAAUCCAGAGGAUCUCUCUCAACACACUGACCCUCAAUGUCAAGAGUGAAAAGGUUUACACUCGCCAUGGGGUCCCCAUCUCAGUCACUGGCAUUGCCCAGGUGAAGAUUCAGGGCCAGAAUAAGGAAAUGUUGGCAGCUGCCUGCCAGAUGUUCCUGGGCAAGACGGAGGCUGAGAUUGCCCACAUCGCACUGGAGACGCUGGAGGGCCACCAGAGGGCUAUUAUGGCCCAUAUGACUGUGGAGGAAAUCUAUAAGGACAGGCAGAAAUUCUCAGAGCAAGUUUUCAAAGUGGCCUCCUCAGACCUGGUCAACAUGGGCAUCAGCGUGGUCAGCUACACCCUGAAGGACAUUCACGACGAUCAGGACUAUUUGCACUCCUUGGGGAAGGCUCGAACAGCUCAAGUCCAAAAAGAUGCUCGGAUUGGGGAAGCGGAGGCCAAGAGAGACGCUGGGAUCCGGGAAGCCAAAGCCAAGCAAGAAAAGGUGUCUGCUCAGUACCUGAGUGAGAUCGAGAUGGCCAAGGCGCAGAGGGACUACGAGCUCAAGAAGGCUGCAUAUGACAUUGAGGUCAACACCCGCCGAGCACAGGCUGACCUGGCCUAUCAGCUUCAGGUGGCCAAGACGAAGCAGCAGAUCGAGGAACAGCGGGUCCAGGUGCAGGUGGUGGAGCGGGCCCAGCAGGUGGCAGUGCAGGAGCAGGAGAUCGCCCGCCGGGAGAAGGAGCUGGAGGCCCGCGUGCGGAAGCCGGCGGAAGCCGAGCGCUACAAGCUGGAGCGCCUAGCAGCGGCAGAGAAGUCCCAGCUGAUCAUGCAGGCAGAGGCAGAAGCCGAGUCCGUGCGGAUGCGUGGGGAAGCCGAGGCCUUUGCCAUAGGGGCCCGAGCCCGGGCCGAGGCUGAGCAGAUGGCCAAGAAGGCAGAGGCGUUCCAGCUGUACCAGGAGGCUGCUCAGUUGGACAUGCUGCUGGAGAAGCUGCCCCAGGUGGCAGAGGAGAUCAGUGGUCCCUUGACCUCGGCCAAUAAGAUCACACUGGUGUCCAGUGGAAGUGGGGCCAUGGGGGCGGCCAAAGUGACCGGGGAAGUGCUGGACAUCCUGAGCCGCCUGCCGGAGAGCGUGGAGAGACUCACAGGCGUCAGCAUCUCCCAGGUGAACCACAAGCCUCUGAGAACAGCCUGAGCCCUCGACCUUCGCGAUGCCCAGCCUCAUAACUCAAGUUGCCUGAAUGGUCCCAAUACUGCAUGCACUUCAGCUGGCUCCCCAAGCACAUCCUUUGACAGCGGAGUUCCACCGCUUGUCUCUCCCCGCCAAAAAGCCCGUCCCUUGCCUUGGAAGGGAAGGGUUGCUCCCUUUUCCAGCCCCAUACUGCAGACUGCCAGUACCAUGCCAGCCUUCUGAUGAUCCCACCCCCAACUUAUUUAACUUAAUCUACUGUCUGAGCCUGUUGACCAGAAUUCUUCCUUGACCAAGCCUUGAGGGGUGGUCUGCAGGUUCUCAACUUUGUCAAAUAAAUUGCUAUUAAUAAGUACUGAUACUUAUGAACAGUUAAUAUAGCAGAACUAAUUCAAAAUGAAUGCUAGAAUGUAGCUUUUGCCUUUGCCUUCAAUAGGCUUUUUACAAUGGAAGAGGCAGUAGUUACCUGUAUGUUAAGUUAUAGAAUUAAUCCCCCUCCCAACCCUGAAGUUGGUUAUAGUCAGCAAAGCGUGCUGAAGUGGAAGCAAUAUCAAUAACUGCAUUCGUCCCUAGAAUUACUGAAAACACGGCCAAGGGAAAUUGUUACAUUUGUUCAAUUUCCAGGGCAGCUUUUAGACUAUUGUGCUCCUUGAAGCAUGAGGUAUUAGAUGGAACGGUUUAGAAUGGGACCAUGGUGUGACGUCCCUCACUAGUGAUUUUUUGCCUUAGGCUGAGAAAAUCCACAGGAUUACAGAAAUCAGCGUUACCCGUAACAGAAAGGAACCCGGGAUGCACUGUGCAUUUGAGAUCCUUCUGGAGCACUGUUAGAAACAGACUGCUGGGGUCCAACCCAUUCUGGUUCAGUACCUCUGGGCAGGAUCGUUCGAGGGGAUGCUGAUCUUGCAACCACUUGACGUUCAUCUCAGUUCCCUUUUCUGUCCCUAGAUCCUGCAUCUGGGCCUAUACCUACCCCAGUUACUAAGACAGGUGCAGGUGCUGGGUACCAGGGAUUAAGGUGUAAGGAUAUUCUUCUCAUUAGUUUAUGGGAAGUAGAAUGUAUCAUAUAACUGAACUUGAGCCCCAUGCCUCCACGAGCAAUCUUUCCCUGAAUGAGCACACAUCUCACAACUUUUUUUUUCAAUUCCCGUUUAUUUUUGGCUCUUGGGGCAAUGUCAUCUUUUCAAUAUGAAAAAAAGCAGCAAGUUCAACACAAUAGAAAUCUGAAGUGUAGAAUAGGACAAAACCAAGGGUGGGGGGGAGGCAGUAGCAAAAGUAAGAGAUGAGGUGUUGCCAAAGGAUAGAGAGUGUCCUGCCCCCUCUCUGGGGAAUGACAUUUAGGUGGUAGCACAUAGCUUUCCAUAUAGGUACAGAAGGGGUGAUUGAGUCAUUUUUUUCCAUAAGAAAAGAUAGGGCUGGGGAGUGGCUUUCUGGAGGCUUAGAGACUAGUCUCCCUUGCUCCUCUUGACUCCCUUUUCUGACCAGGGGAAAGGAAGGAAUCCAACAUUACGAGGGAGGUAAAGUGGAAGAGGGGAGGAUCCCCCCCUUGACAGGGUGGUGGCCAGAACCUUGCAAAGGAAAUAGCUCAGGACAGAGCUUGGAGGGAGAUUGAAAAUGGAGAUAAUACUGUUAACACCUCCCCAGAAGCUGAGGAGCAGAGAGCUACCUGGAAACUAGGACUUCAAUAGCCUGGAUGCCCCUCUCCAAAACCCCACCCCUUCCCAGUAGGGACUUCUACCUGCUGCUUCGUUUCCUUUCCCCUGGGCUACCACAUGGGCCUAGGAUGGCGGUCACCUAUCUGGAUUAUCAGCACAUGGUUCUGAAUGGGAUUUGAUGAGACUCAGCUUCUUGAGAGUUUAUCUUGAAAACAGAGAGGGAAAUGUUAACUGGACAGAUGGGAGGAGUGGGCACCAGAAGGAAAUACAGGGUUACCCAGAAUGGCAGAAAUCUAGGUUCCCCAGAGUGGAAAGAGAGAGGAGACAUUCAACAAACAACAGAUAUUUAUUGAGCGCCUAUUAUGUGCCAGGCACUGUUCUAGAACCCCCCCCCCAAAAAAGAAAAAAAAAGAUAGGCAGAAAACGCAAAUUCUGAGGGAGAGGAAAGGGGCGGCUGAGGAAGAAGGCAGAGGGGACUGAGAAGCCUGAGGUGGUGGGCACUCGGCCUUAGGCUUCCUCUUCGGCCUCCUCACCGAAAUCCUCCUCCUCUUCUGCGGUGGCAUCCUGGUACUGCUGGUACUCGGAGACGAGGUCGUUCAUGUUGCUCUCAGCCUCGGUGAACUCCAUCUCGUCCAUGCCCUCACCUGUGUACCAGUGGAGGAAGGCCUUCCGGCGGAACAUGGCAGUGAAUUGCUCUGAGAUGCGCUUGAACAGCUCCUGGAUGGCUGUGCUGUUUCCAAUGAAGGUGACCGCCAUCUUGAGGCCACGGGGUGGGAUGUCGCAGACGGCCGUCUUGACAUUGUUGGGGAUCCAUUCCACGAAGUAGCUGCUGUUCUUGUUCUGCACGUUGAGCAUCUGCUCAUCGACCUCCUUCAUGGACAUCCGCCCACGGAAGACAGCAGCCACGGUGAGGUACCGGCCAUGGCGGGGGUCACAGGCAGCCAUCAUGUUCUUGGCAUCGAAGACCUGCUGGGUGAGCUCCGGCACAGUGAGGGCCCGAUACUGCUGGCUUCCACGGCUGGUUAGAGGAGCAAAGCCAGGCAUGAAAAAGUGGAGACGUGGGAAGGGCACCAUGUUGACUGCCAGCUUGCGGAGGUCAGCAUUGAGCUGGCCAGGGAAGCGGAGGCAGGUGGUGACACCACUCAUGGUGGCCGAGACGAGGUGGUUCAGGUCCCCGUAGGUUGGCGUGGUCAGCUUGAGGGUGCGGAAGCAGAUGUCGUAAAGGGCCUCGUUGUCAAUGCAGUAGGUCUCAUCAGUGUUCUCCACCAGCUGAUGGACGGACAGGGUGGCAUUGUAGGGCUCCACCACGGUGUCGGACACUUUGGGUGAGGGCACCACACUGAAGGUGUUCAUGAUGCGGUCAGGAUACUCUUCACGGAUCUUGCUGAUGAGCAAGGUGCCCAUUCCAGAGCCCGUGCCCCCGCCCAGCGAGUGGGUCAGCUGGAAGCCCUGCAGGCAGUCACAGCUCUCGGCCUCCUUCCGAACCACAUCUAGGACCGAGUCGACCAGCUCGGCCCCCUCUGUAUAGUGGCCCUUGGCCCAGUUGUUGCCUGCCCCAGACUGACC